AUGGCUGCAGCCAAGUACCUUUCCUUCAAUCCCUCGGUCCCGGAUGCGGUGAACCUGGAUGAGUGCAUUACGGAGGAGCGGCCAGCUGACCAGCCUCUCCCCCUGCAGCACACUUGGCAUGUGUGGGAGCAGAUACAGAGGGAUACCUCUCACCCGGACAGGGCGAUGGACUACUCUGAAAACACGCGGGAUCUUGCUGCUUUCAACACUGUACAGACGUUCUGGCAGCUCUGGGCACAUAUUCCUCAGCCCAGUGAACUCCUCGGGCACAAGAGGAUGAUUCGCCAGGACAACAACGGCAGGAGCCACGUGGUGGACGCCCUGAUGAUCUUCAAGGAGGGCAUUCAGCCGAUGUGGGAGGACCCCCACAAUGCCACGGGCGGACACAUGGAAUAUCGUAUCACACCUUUUCAGACGCGUGCUGGGCAACUCGAUGAGUACUGGAACAACCUCGUUCUUGGCCUCGUAGGCGGCACAAUUGAGACCUGCGAAUAUAUCACCGGAAUUCGCCUGGUCGACAAGCUUGGUCAAGGUAGACAUCCGUGUAUUCGCAUGGAGGUCUGGGCCAAAAAGUGCGAUAGAGCCACUCAAGAGAAGCUUGCGAAAGAUCUGGAUAAAUGCUUUUCGACAAAACUUGACGGAUCCAUUGGUACUGCUCCCCGUGGAGACUGGAAGAGCCACGUUUCUCGCUAA